AUGGCCUCCAAACCUGAUAUCCGUCUCGAUGGCAAGGUUGCCCUGAUCACCGGUGCUGGCCGUGGUCUCGGUGCCGGUCUCGCCAUAACCCUCGCUGAGCGUGGUGCUGCUGUCGUCAUCAACUAUGCCAGCUCGGCGAAGCCCGCUCUUGCCACUGUUGCCGAGAUCGAGAAGGCUGGUGGCAAGGCUGUUGCUAUUCAGGCCAACGUCUCCAAGGUCUCGGAGGUCACAAGGCUCUUCGAGGAGGCCAUCAAGGCUUUCGGGAAACUCAACAUUGUCAUCAACAAUGCCGGUAUGGAGGCUUUCUCCAAGCCCGAGGAUGUCACCGAGGAGCUCUAUGACCAAGUCUUCGGCCUCAACACCCGUGCCCAGUUUUUCGUUGGCCAACAUGCCUUGAAGUACUUGAGCGAGGGUGGCCGCAUCAUCUUCAUGUCUUCCAUCGCUGCUGGCAUGUCUGUUCCCAACCACGCCCUGUACGCUGGGUCAAAGUCGGCUGUUGAGGGUUUCACCCGUUCCUUCGCUGCUGAUGGUGGCCCAAAGCGCAUCACCGCCAACGCAAUUGCCCCUGGCGGCAUCAAGACCGACAUGUUCCACCAGAACGCAUGGCACUACGCCCCGGGUGCGACCAAGGACACGCCAAUUGAGCAAAUCGAGGCUGGCAUUGCCAAACUCAUCCCCCUCGGACGAUGCGCUGUUCCUGCAGAUAUUGCCAGAGUUGUCAUGUUCUUGUGCCAUGACGACAGCGAGUGGCUCAAUGGUAAGACGCACUGCUCCGAAUGCCUUGUAGGGCGUUCAUCAAUGCUAACAUGA